UCGUCACAUGUGGAUGCUCGGCCGGAGGUGGUCCGGCGGAGGCCCCUGAGGUCAGAGAAGCGCAUUUCGGCCUCAAAGGAGAACCUCUCCUGCUCCGGACCGAUUCGAGGACGUCCCUGGAUUAUGUGAUUCACAGCAGGUCUGCAGUCUUGCCUGGCCUCUGGCAGCAGAGAGAGCACGUGUCGCAGGUUCCCUGGAAGGCAGCGGCUGGAAGCUUCUGAGACUAAGACGACGAAAGCUUUGCGGCGCCAUUGACACCACGAAGUGUGAGCACUACUUAUUCUGCUAGACAGUGACUGUCAUCACUGAGAGUCUCUGGCCCUGGGCAACGUGCUGCUGGUAUUUUAAGAAACAUUCCUGUACUUCCUCUUUUCACUUCGCUAUCACAGCCGGCCACACUCAGAGGCACCUUGCUCUACUCACUGCCCAGCGCCGGGACCGGCCCGUCCGUCCGUCCCAGAGCAUCCCAGAGCACGCGCCGAUGCUCCUGUGGGCAUCUCUGCUGGUCCUGGCUCCAGUCUGCGGACAGCUUGAAGCUGCAUCCAAACCCGUGAUUUCCCUCCAUCCUCCAUGGACCGUCGCCUUCAGAGGAGAGACAGUGACCCUGACUUGCAAUGUAUUUCACUUCCACGCUCCAGAGAAAAUAAAACGGUUCCUUUGGUACCUCGAGGGUAGAAUGCUACGCGAAACCCCAAGAAACACCCUGGAGGUCCAUGACUCCGGACAGUACAGAUGCCAGACCCAGGACUCGCUCCCAAGUGACCAUGUGAGCUUGACCUUUUCUUCAGAGAACCUGAUCCUGCAGGCUCCCCCCUUCGUGUUUGAAGGCGACUCUGUGGUUCUGAGAUGCCGAGCAAAUGCAGAAAUCACUCUGGAUACCAUGACACUGCACAGGCAGGGCGAGGUCCUGAGCGUCUCUGAUGAAAGUUCCGACUUCCGCAUCGAGCAAGCAAGUCUCAGAGAUAACGGAGACUAUCACUGUUCCGGAUUUAAGAAUGGCUGCUGUUCCUACUUUUCCAACACGAUCAACAUCAAAGUCCGAGAGCUGUUUCCACGUCCCGUGCUGACAGCCAGCCUCUCACCGAGCGUCUCUGGGAAGUCAGUGACCCUGACCUGCAAGACCCAGCUCCCUCCGCUGAGGUCAGACGUCAAACUCUGGUUCCGCUUCUUCAAAGACGACCACAUGCUGCAGUUGGGCUUGGAAAGCUUUCUGAAAAUCUCGACCCUCACCACGAGGAGCAGAAACCCGCCGUAUUACUGGUGCGAGGCCCAGAGAGGGUCUUCCGGCGUCUGCAAACAGAGCCAGAAAUCUCAGCUACGCGUGCAGAUCCCUGUGUCUCGUCCCGUCCUCACCCUCAGCCCCCGUGGGGCCUUGGUUCCUGAAGGACAUACAGUGACACUUUCCUGUAAAGCCGAGAGAGGUUCGCCUCGCAUCCUGUACAAGUUUUAUCGCGAGAAUAUCAGCCUGGGGAGCAGGUCGGUCCUGUCUGCAGGAGGAGUGUCCCUCCGUGUCACUGUGAUGGUGCAGGACUCUGGGAACUACUUCUGUACCGCUGACAAUGGCUUCAGGCCCCAGCGCAGUGAGGCCAAGAGCCUCUCUGUCAAAGUCCCAGUGUCCCGCCCCAUCCUCACCAUCAGGAGGCCCAGAUCCCAGGCCGUGGAGGGGGACGUGGUGGAGCUUCGCUGUGAGGCCCAGAGGGGCUCUCCCCCCAUCCUGUACCGGUUUUAUCAUGAGGACAACGCCCUGGGGAGCAGCUGGGUCUACAACAGAGGAGGAGCGUCUUUCAAACUCCCCCUGUCCGCAGAACAUUCUGGAAAAUAUGCCUGUGAGACCGACAAUGGCCUGGGGGCCUGGCGCAGUGAGACAGUGUCACUCGACGUCAAAGUCCCAGCGUCCCGCCCCGUCCUCACCGUCAGGACGCCCAGGGCCCAGGCCGUGGAGGGGGACGUGGUGGAGCUUCGCUGUGAGGCCCAGAGGGGCUCUCCCCCCAUCCUGUACCGGUUUUAUCGCGAGGACGUCCCCUUGAGGAGCAGCUCGGCCCCCUCUGGGGGAGGAACGUCUUUCUACCUGUCUCUGACUACAGAACAUUCUGGAAACUACUCCUGCGAGGCCAACAAUGGCCUGGGAGCUCAGCGCAGUGAGGUGGUGUCACUCAGCGUCAUCGUCCCAGCGUCGCACCCCACCCUCACCCUCAGAGCGCCCAGGGCCCAGGCCAAGGUGGGAGACAUGGUGGAGCUUCGCUGCGAGGCCCAGAGGGGCUCUCCCCCCAUCCAGUACCGGUUUUAUCAUGAGGACGUCCCCCUGGGGAACAGCUUGGCCCCCUCUGGAGGAGGAGCGUCCCUCAACCUCUCUCUGACCGCAGAACAUUCUGGAAACUACUCUUGCGAGGCCGACAACGGCCUGGGGGCCCGGCGCAGCGAGGCGGUGCCACUCAGCAUGUCAGGGCUGACCGGGAGCAGAAGUGGCCCCAUUGCUACGGGCGUCACCGGGGGGCUGUUCAGCACCCUGGGCUUUGGGGUCAUGGCCCUGCUGUUGUAUUGCCGGCUCCCAAGGAAAGCAGGAGGAAGGCCGACCUCUGACCCCUCCAGGAGCCCUUCAGACUCCGACAUCCGAGAGCCCAUCUACCACAAUGCACCAGCCUGGCUGGAACUGCAGCCAGUAUACAGCAAUGUAAAUCCGAAAGGAGGAGAAGUUGUGUACUCGGAAGUCCAGAGGAUUCCGCAGGGGAGCAGACCUGCAGCGAACCCGGACUCCGUGUUAGGGCUCCUCCGGACCCACCUGCCCCCCCACGGCCAGGCCGCCAGCCACCGGCCUUCCGACCCCCCGGGCUCGUCUGUCAUCUACUCCCAGGUGAAGGUGGCAUGACCCUCGGCCUCCGUGGCUCCUCAAAGCUGAGUCCACACACACGCCCCGCGUCCCAAGCCAUGCUGGGGGCAAGGACAUCGGCAUGGGGUGACUUGAACGGGUCCAGGCCCUGUCCCCUGGCCUCUGCCCUCGCUGUGACCGGAGCACGGGACUGUGGGACGCUGCCGUUUUGCAAGUGAAAGUCCGUGCACCUCACGGGCUUUCUGUCUGGUGACACGUUGCUCCCCCCGGGGCCAUCCCGUCCCCUGGCUUCCUUAGCGGACUUCGGCCACGGUCCCUGUUCUGGGUCCCACUCCCGUGCACACGCCAGCCGCUCCUAGUGGAGCCUGCUCCGGGACUUCGAGGAGGCCACCUGCCCCCUUCCUGUGGACACCCGUCACCUGUAGAGACCUCCACCAUAGACACCUUCUCCCCCGGGACACCUGCCCCCCCCCCCCCGCGGACACCUGCUCCCCUGCAGCUCCUUUCUUCAGCGCUCUUCCGUCUGGUGGGGCUACCGUGGCACUCUACCAAGUGGGGACGGGCGCAGCUGGCUGUGGACCUCCCUCCACACCAUGGGGCUGCAUUUCCUGCCCCCCACCUGCCUGGGACGUUAAGGUCAGCCCCUGACAGCACGAGAGCUUCUCCCCUGCAUGCGGGCCCACACCCCUGCCAGUGGGCUCACAUCCCCUUCCCGUGAGCCCUCCGGUGUGGGUGCAGGAACGCGUCUCACCUGCGCAGAGCUCCUGUCGGGAGGCUCGCCCUGAUCCCCGUGAGGAGACCUGCACAUUCCGACAGAGGCACCUCAGAGCAUCGGGGGGACGGAGGAGGCCCGACAGGUGGGAACCUCGACCGGGUUCUGGGUCAAGAAAAAGCCACAGGAGAAACUUCGGAGGCAGUUAGGGAAAACUGAAUAUGAACUAUAUAUUACUGAUACUAUUGAGUCAAUAACCUGGCAUUACUUUAAGAAUAUUUGAAAAUACCUGAAAUACCUUGAAGUGAUUCAGUAAACAUUUUUUCACGUGCAUGUUAGCGUCUGUGUUCGAGUGUGUUUGUCUUAGCGUGCAUUUGUGUGUGCGUGUGUGUGUGUACAGAGAGAGCACAAACAUGGCAAAACCCACAACUGGUGAAUGCAGAGAAGGGCAUACGGCAUCGGUUGUAUCAUUCUGUUAACUUUUCUGAGAUUUCAUUUUUUUAACUAAAACAUUGAGGGUGGAGCCCGGAGCGCGUCGGACCCCGGGUGUCGGUUGAGGGGCGCCGCCCGGGCCGGCCCCCCUCCCGCCACCAGGGGCUCGGGAGGGAGCCCGGCAAGA